ACGCACUGGGCCAUUAACUUGUCAACAAAGUAUUAAUGACGCCCCGGUUUUUCCUUCUGCCGGUGUUACGCUGGGAAAAGUUAUGAACUGAACACUUCAAAUUUUGUUUUCUUGGGGGAGGAGAGCAGGGAACCCUUUUUUGUUUCCUCUGCGUUUUCCGGGUUUCGCUGUUGGAUGAGAAGUUUCCUGUGUUUGUCGCAGACUCGCAGCAGCAGCAGCCAUGGACUGACACGCUCUCAAACCGUUAACUUUGGGAAAUUGCUGUAACUAGCCUAUAUGUCUUCUGCUUGAGUGCAAUCGCAAAACGAAGCUUUGCCAUGGCUCGAGAUUGCACCACUAAAAGUCUGGAUAGCAUUGACUUGUCUUCUCUAAGGGACCCAGCUGGAAUAUUUGAACUGGUAGAAGUAGUUGGAAAUGGCACCUAUGGACAAGUGUACAAGGGGAGACAUGUCAAGACGGGACAGCUGGCUGCCAUCAAGGUCAUGGACGUGACAGAGGAGGAAGAAGAUGAGAUUAAGUUGGAGAUUAACAUGCUGAAGACGCAUUCCCAUCACAGGAACAUAGCCACGUAUUACGGCGCCUUCGUGAAGAAGACUCCAGCAGGCCAUGACGAUCAGCUCUGGGUGAGCAGGAAACCUGUGGCAAUGUCACUGUGUCUGUCAUUGCAGUAAUUGUGCGGGCAGAGU